AGGAGGAGGAGGAGGCUGCUCUUGGAUCGCGCGUCGAUAGCGUUUGCAUCGAGGGGCAACGACUCCUUUUGCCCUCCCGACGAAAGAAGAAAAAGAAGAGGAAGGAAAGAAGGAAGAGGAGGAAAGGAGAAAUCGACAUUUGGGACAGUGUCGCGUCGAAACGAUCGGUGGAAGAAACCUAUAACCCCUGUGAUUUUUUUUUUUUUUUUACCCCUUCCUGGCUCGAUUCUGAAGAAUCGAGAAUCGCGUGGAGAAUCGAAGUCGAGCGAGUGGCCCAGUUAUGUCGAGUCUGGAAGGCUGACCCAGGAAAAGGCGGGCGGAGGAACGGGAUCGCGGGAGGAGAGAAUGGGUGGGAUGUCGGAGCAGUGAACCGAAUGGAAGGAUGUAUCAUCCGGCGUUGUGACUGCCUAUGGAUAUAUUCGGCCGUUGCAACGGCGGCGGCGGCGGAAGCAGCACGGUAUCCGGAAGCGGCGCUGGCUCGGUGAGGGGGUCCGGCAACGAGUCGAGCUGUGGAACAACGGCGAGCGGUGCCAGCGAGAGCGGCGGAACCAGCGACAGGAUGCAGUUGACAGGGGCCUCGGCUCCCGGUGUUGCCGCCUCGCCGGAGUCGGGCGUUUCUCCUUUGACCGAUGCCUACACCAAGAUGACCAGCGACAUCCUCGCCGAGAGGACUCUCGGCGACUUUGUCAGCGAGCAUCCCGGAGAACUCGUGCGAACAGGCUCCCCGCACCUGGUGUGCACCGUCCUACCGGCCCAUUGGAGGUCGAACAAGACCCUCCCUGUCGCGUUCAAGGUGGUGGCUCUCGGCGAGGUCGGGGACGGUACACUGGUCACCGUUCGUGCUGGCAACGACGAGAAUUGCUGCGCCGAGUUGAGAAACUCGACCGCCCUGAUGAAGAACCAGGUGGCCAAGUUCAACGAUCUGAGGUUCGUCGGGAGAAGCGGGAGAGGGAAGAGCUUCACGUUGACGAUUACCGUGUCCACGACCCCGCCGCAAGUCGCCACGUACACCAAGGCCAUUAAAGUAACCGUGGACGGGCCGCGAGAACCGCGAUCCAAGACCAGUGAGUAUCACUCAGCAGCAGUUCCACGCGUUCGCGUUCGCCUCGCAGAGGGGCGGCCCGUUUUUCGCCUCGCCGCUGGUGGAUCCUUUGCAACCGUUGCCGAAUCCCCUUCAGCCGCUACCGAACCCGCUCCAGCCGCGGGAUCCGCUCUCCUCCUUCAGGCACGCGAUGCCGGCCAACUGUCAAAACAUGUCCCAGUUCGGUCUUACUGCGAGCAAUUCAUGGGGAUACGGGAGCACGGCCGGCUACGCUGGUUACCUUCCCGGCCCUUUGUCGUCGUGCGCGGCACAAGCGUCGUUCCCACCCCCGCCACCGCCACCUCCGCCACCACCCCCGUCGUCCUCCUCGUUGGCGUCUUUCGCGGGCGCCGCGUCUAUGAACACGCCAACGGCGCCCGAUUCGACGGCGGGAUCCACCGUUACUUCCGGUACCGGUGCAGGAUCCACGGCACAGCAGGAUGCGUUCUCAGCGGUGUCAUCCCUGGUCCCAGACUCGACGACGACGGGCCAGUCCGACCCGCUCGACCCGUUAAGCAGCCUGAUGUCGGGUACGCCGAGUCAGAGGUACCAGGACUACGUGUCACCCAGAUCCCUGUCCACGGACUCGAGCACGACGGAGAGCCCCGUUCACGAGGAGCAAGGAUUCGGACAGAAUUACGGCAACUACUUCCCGACGCCCGGCGUCCUGCCCAGCAUCCUCUAUUCCCAAUUGUACGGGAACCAGUUCCAGAAUUCGGAGAGUCCCGAGCAGAGAGCGGUGGCGGACAGUUGCAGCGUGAGGCAGGAGGAAGUGAGACCGGACAACAACGUGUGGAGGCCUUAUUAAGAUCCAAGAGAAGAGAACUCGUUUGUUGUGAGGUCGUGAGUUGGAGAGAAUUUUUCGUGAUGGAAAAAUCUCGUGUCUCGUGGACGAUUGAUAACGAUAUUGGAUCACUUGGGGAGACGAGCGAACUGUGAUCGGAUGUGUGGAUGUGUGGGGACUCGAGGUGUUGUUGUUCGAACGAGCGAACGGGGGAAAAAAAAAAAGAAAAAAAAAGGAAAAAAAAAGAAAAAAGAAGAGAAAGAACUAGUUACUAGUGGGCAUUAAAAACAGAACGGAAAAAAAAAAAAAAGAAGAAACGCGUGUGCGCGUUCGAAGAACUCGUCACGCGAUCGGAUGAUGAUUUUGUUUUCUUGUUUUUUUUUUUUUUUUUUCUUUUCGCUGAUUGUGUCUCGACGGUUGAAUCUCUGAAGAGGGAGAAGAACCGAUUUGUAAUUAACCGAGUGUGCCGAUGUGUGAACGGGUGAACGUUGGCUUGCUUGCUUGUUGGUUGGUUGCCCCCACGGUGAUGGUGACGAUGAUGAUGAUGUAUAUAGAGAAACACUGUACAUAGAUAGAGCAUUGUCGUUUCAUCGAGUCAUUCAUCACUGUCGUCGGACUGCGCGACGUGUGUGACGACUUGUGUCGACGGGUUGCGUCUCGGAGGAUGGCUGGUUGAGCCGAUUUCGUUGAGCUAUCCCGCUGUGUGUCCCGCUUGUCGCUCGCGAGGGCGAGAAUAAUGUAUCGUUUCUUUUUUUUUUUUUUUUUCUAAACCCAAUUCUCGCAUUUCGAUUUUUUUUUUCUUUUUUUUUUUCUUCUUAAAUAGCGAUAUAAUAGGCGAUCAAGAUUCCAGAGAACGAAUAAAUUAAUCAGCGAGCGUGCCAGUGUCUCGAGAGGAGAUGAAGAUUUUUCAAGAAGAUCUCGACCAGUCAUCGAGCGCACCCGCUAACGUAACGUUUUCUUAUUUCUUUCGAUUACGAUGUUUCUUUUUCGUGAUAGGAUUAACGCGAUUUUUGAUCGAUUUUUGAAUGCGGGCUCGUGUGCAAUAUCGCCGAUCGCGAUUCUCGCGAGUUGAGAAACCGUGCGAACGAGAAUCGCGUAUCGGUCGAAUCGAGAGACGAAUACAGGAGUGAAAUCGAAUCGCUCGACACGAAGGAGGGAAAUCUUCAUCGUUCGCGAUUUCUGAGCUGAGAAAGAGAGAGAGAAAGAAAGGGAAAAAGUUCGUCGCUUUUGCAUCGAAAUUCUGGAAGUGAAAUGAAAAUAGAAAAAAAAAAAAAAAAGAAGAAAAAAGAAAGAAAAAAAAGGGAAAAAAUGAGAAAACUCGCGCCACAAUCUUCGAACGGAUAUUGCGUCGCGAUGUUGAUCGAUCGAUUGAGAUCGUCGAUGACGAUUUAUUCGUUUUUUUCUUCGAACUAACGACGUCUACAUUCUGCCCCUUCCACUCGAAAGAACGAUGAUUUCAGAUAUACAUAUCUACCGACCUAUUGUUAUCGUAG